UCCUUCCCACGUUUGCGUAAUAAUGUUACAGUGUCAAUGACUCCUUUAGUCCUUGACGUGGCAUUGUACUAUGGAAUGAAGUCCAGACAUGACAUUCUUGAAGAACUGGAUAUAAAGUGUGGGCAGUUGUCCCCAACACACAGUCCAUUUAGAUCCGCACUGAUGAAGAACACGCCCAACAUGGUAAAAGGUGCUGCUCAUCUCUACGUCCUGUCUAUGGUCUUCAUGGCAUUUGUCACUGUAGCUAGUUGCCUUGGAGGGCAAAUUAAAAAAUUCACAUACAACAAUAAUGGAUUCGGCACGUACAGUUUUGAAUAUGAGACUUCAGAUGGUACGUACAGAAGGGAAGAUGGAGGGAUCCUGCCCGGUCCAGAUGGUAGUUCGCUAGUAGUAAGAGGAGAGUACGGGUAUAUUGACUCCAGAGGAAAACCCUACUCGAUGAAAUAUGUAGCAGAUGCCACCGGCUUUCAUCCGAGAAUCAAUGACGAUUAUACGAGGUUCAAUGACAGAAGAAUUAUUUGAUACUGUGAUACUAAAGUUUUAGUAAUAAAUGUUUUUUUUUUUAUUGUAA